AGUUUCUUUGCUACCUAGAAUGGCAGUCGGUACAGUCUGCUGCCGUACUCGGCUAUUAUUACUAUUAUUAUUAAUAACCAAUCUUAGUAUUGGUCCUGUUGCUGCUGCUGAGGUGAAGGGAUCAUUAGAGAAGAAGGCUACUCUUGAAGGACCAUCGAAUGAUUGCUGGGAUUUGGUAAUAGUAAUACCGAGUCAUAUAACAGAGUUCUCGAGGAGAUGUGCAGUAAGAGAUGGAUGGGCACGUCAAUUGAGGGGUCAUGAACAGAAUAACCGUGGUGGUCUACGAAGUAUUAAAUUACUAUUUACUGUUGGAGCACAUUAUCCUGAUAAUUAUACCAGGGAUACAGCGAUGGCCGAAAUGAAGCAAUUCGGCGACAUUCUACAGCUCCCCGAGUGGUUCGAGGAUCGGUAUGAUGCCCUCGGUACCAAAGUGCGGUUAUCUUUCCAAAGGGCCGUGGACCAACUUGGAAAGUUCCGACUGCUCCUCAAAGCGGAUACCGACAGCUUUGUGCACGUGGAUAGGCUACUUGACUUUAUAGAUCAGCAUGAUAUGUGGAAUAAGGAAAGGGUAUAUGCAGGAUCCUUCCGGCACGCACCAGUGAUGUGGGAGCCGGAGAAUAAGGAUCAUAAAUGGUUUGAUGCUAAGUUUACUCAAAUGACCGGCCUUACUCAGUAUCCAUGGAAUGCUCAGGGAGGUGGUUAUGUUAUAUCAUAUCAACUUGCCAAGUACCUAGCCCAUCCACCAUUACAAUUAAAGUCAUGGACGCAUGAAGAUGUUGGUGUAGGAGCAUGGCUUAUGGCAUUGGACCAUGAACAGAUCGAGAUGCCGGUCAGCUACGCCGAGCCGGAAUGCGGGUGUGGAGCUGAGUGUUGGUCCGGACCUAGCAUACCAGAGCCUGUGAUCGACCAUUACGUGCCGGAGUAUUUCCAACGAUGGCGAGAACGACGAUAUGAGAUUUUUGGGGAUUCGUGUUGGACGCCGGAAAAUGGGGAGGAAGAGACGGUACCAUCCGACAUUUUACUUGGUGAUAGAAGUGCGUAUCCUCCCAUUGUUAUGGGAGUACUUCAGCAUCGAUAUUACCUGAGUCCAUUGAUGGCCUUUGGUGAGGAAACUCUCCUUGAUGACCAUUCGGAUACACGUUUGGGUGUGUGCGGUAUCACUUUUACAUGGAGUAACCCUGACAACGAUGGAAUAACGAGUAACGUUCCCUUUAUGGGGAGUAAGGAUUCUGGUAUGAUGGUAUGUCGUGGUAGUGAUGGGAAUCUUUAUGACCAACUUGAGUGUACUACUCAUCGUCCUGCAGAUGAGAAUAAUAAUAACGAUGAUGACGAGGAGUGGUUAUUAGUUGAUAAUAAAUCCACUCUGGAGCGGUUACCUGUUACCUUAUCUGAUGUGCUAUUGACUAGGACUAGAUUGACCCUAUCCCAGUGUAAGGAGUUGGGCAGGUUCCCUCAGGAGAAGGUGGUAAGGGCUAUUGGGUGGGUCCCGACACAGGAUGAUGAUGAUGGACGGGGGACUUGCCGAGUAUAUGCUGAGAGUAGUAGUGAUGAUAGUAAUGCAACUGAAGUGCAACCGUUGCUGUUAACUGAAGUGCCAUUGGUGAUGGAAAGUGGGAGCAGCUCAUGGACGAGCAGAGAAUUAUUCUACCAACGAGAUCAGAAUCAUCGGCGACUUCCCAUUGAGUCAUCUAAAGCGGCUGUUCAGAUCGGUCGAAAUAUCGCUCAUUAUAAGUGGUAUAACUCGUUGAUGAGAAGUAUAGCGCAUCUAGUGGUCGUGGUUGUUCUGGCGGGAGUGAUGGCAGUAGUAUUGACGAUUGUCGUACCAAGGCUUGGUCGACUUUCCCCUUUUUAUCCUCUUCUUGGUGUCCGUAAAACGAAUUUAUUCCGUAUCUCACCACGUAAGAAUAGUCGGUGAGAGGGCAACUCAUACUCAUCAUACUGUUUGUGCUGAUACUAAGGAUUUGUAUACUAGUUGUAGUAGCAAUUUCAGUGCAUCUGUGUAUGUGCUUAAUAUAGUUGCUAAUGAUAAUAAUAGCAGUGCAUCAUAGUCAACUUUUUGUGACCAUCACUGGUCCGCGUUCCCAAGAUCUAUUCUGUCGUCACUGUACGUAUUGUCCUUGUGGGGUAUUUCCUUUCUUUCGUGGGAUCUACAACGAUAUCUAUCGCCGCUGUAGGGUCCCCCGUAUAGUCGCCAUAGUCGCAGCAGGAGUAUCUAUCCA